CCGGACUUUCAUGAUGAGGCGGGCUGCAAUUCAUUGGGCCACGUGGGGCUGACCUCCUAAAGAACCACAACCCAGACCCUACACAUACUCCAUCAUGAGCUUCCUCCCAGACCGGCUCCUCCACUGGGUCUACGGCCUCCCUGCUCCCUCCACCAAACGCCAUGAACCAAUGCAAGUCCUGGCCGUCGGAAUCUCCAGAUCAGGGACCGAUUCCCUGCGCGAGGCCCUCCACAUCCUCGGAUACAAGCACACCUACCACGGCUUCGACUCCAUCCUGCCUCCAUCAUCACUCGAAGCAACCUACCGUCUCUUGCAGAAGAAAUACACCACAUCGCCCACCUCUUCCCAGGGCACAAACAUGAAACUAACCACCUCAGACUUCGACACCGUCUUCGGCCACUGCGUCGGAAUCAGCGACCUCCCCGCUGCCGAGUUCGCUCCCGAGCUGAUAGCAGCAUACCCCGAGGCGAAAGUCAUCCUGAACACGCGUCGCGAUCUCGACGCCUGGUACCGCAGCAUGGAGCAGACGAUGGGGUACUUCGACGCCAACCCGGUGGACUGGGACUGGGUGAAGAGCUGGUUCGACGCGGACUUGUUCUGGACCCGGCACGCCAUGUGUCGCACGCUGAUGCCUAGGUUCUUUCGGGGGAGUUUUCGAUCGAAUGGGAAGUGGGUGUAUGAGGGGCAUGUUGCGAUGGUGAGGGGGUUGGGGUUGGGGGAGGACAGGUUGCUGGAGUGGUCGGUGGAGGAUGGGUGGGAGCCGCUGUGUAAGUUCUUGGGAAAGGAGGUGCCGAGUCGGGAGUUUCCGAGUGGGAAUCCGCCGAGGGAGUGGGUGGAGAGGAUUGCCAGGACCAUGGAGGGGCAUCAUCGGAGGGCUGUGAGGAAUUUGGUUGUUUUUGGGGCGGUUGUGGGGGUGGUGGUUGCGAUGUUGGUGGUUUACGUUGUUUGACACAGCCUAUGAUGGGAUUGAUGGGAUGAGAUGGUUU